AUGAUGAUACAAAUUGAGAUAAAUUCAUUGCAGGAUUUUUAUAAUGUGACUGUGAUGCCUUGCUUUGAUAAAAAAUUAGAAGCGGUAAUGGAAAAAGGAGUCGAUUUGGUGCUCACAACUACUGAGUUGUUAGAGUUUCUGAAUGAAAAUGACUUCUUAAACGCCAUUCCCGAUCCUGAAGCACCUCUUUUCUAUUCCUCUACAAAGCAUAAAUCUGGAUCGCUUGGCUAUGGAGAAUUUAUUUUUAUAAAAGCUUGUGAAAAUCUCUAUGGUGAGAUCCCAACGAUUGAAAUAAAAACAACUCGAAGAAGAGAUUUAUUAGAAAUGGAGUAUCGUGAUUUGAAAUUUUGCUUUGCAAGUGGAUUUCAGAAUAUCCAAAAUAUCGUAAGGAUGAUUAAGCAAGGAAAGCUUGAUUAUUCGUAUGUAGAAAUUAUGGCUUGUCCUACUGGAUGCUUGAAUGGAGGAGGCCAGCCAAGAUUCGAUCGAGAAGUUCUUGGAAAUCUUGAAUCUUCAAUUUCUCAGUUUUAUAAUGAAGAAAUUCGAGAACUUCCUAUAUGCUCAAACGUAUUUCGUGAUUUCAAGCCUUUGGACGUAAACACAUUAAUAUGGUAA